AUGGCUGUGCGACUUCCCGCGUGUGUGAUCGACAACGGCACCGUUCGUCAUGGACUCGUUGAAGACUGGGACCUCAUGGAGCUCUUCUGGGAGCAGUGCAUCUUCAAAUACCUUCGAGCAGAGCCCGAAGACCAUUACUUCAUUUUGACGGAACCGCCUCUGAACACGCCGGAAAAUAGAGAAUACACAGCAGAAAUCAUGUUCGAGUCUUUCAACGUUCCUGGAUUGUAUAUCGCUGUUCAAGCCGUCCUCGCUCUCGCGGCUUCUUGGACCUCUCGUCAAAUAGGGGAGCGAACACUUACAGGAACUGUGAUAGACUCCGGAGAUGGUGUGACGCACGUUAUUCCGGUGGCCGAUGGAUAUACUUAUGAUGGCAUGAAUGCAGUUACGAAGCAACCUUUUACGAUUGACGUUGGCUAUGAGCGGUUCCUUGGGCCGGAGAUCUUCUUCCAUCCUGAAUUCGCUAAUGCGCAGUACACAACGCCAAUUAGCGAAGUGGUCGACGAAGUGAUACAAAAUUGUCCCAUUGAUGCCCGUCGUCCCCUUUACAACAACAUCGUGCUCUCCGGAGGCUCGACUAUGUUCCGAGAUUUCGGUCGCCGUUUGCAACGCGAUGUAAAGCGUUCAGUGGAUAAACGUUUGCAAAUGAGCGAGAUAUUGAGUGGUGGGAACUUGAAACCGAAGCCAAUUGAUGUACAAGUGAUUACACAUCACAUGCAACGCUAUGCGGUCUGGUUCGGGGGUUCAAUGUUGGGUUCGACCCCGGAGUUUUACUCUGUCUGUCACACGAAGGCGCAGUAUGAGGAAUGCGGACCCAGUAUUUGUCGGCAUAACCCGGUUUUCGGAACUAUGACUUAA